AUGCCCUAUGGUGAGACUAAAAAUCAGUUGCUUGAUGGAGAACAGCCACAUGUUUUUUGGAGAAAUUUAUUGGAGGGAAAAUACCCUCAAUGGAAAUUUGUACACGUGUCAACUUCAAGACAAAGGAAAAGAACACAAUAUUAUGGUCAAACAUCGGACACAAUUGCCCCUACUGCUGAUGUUGUAAAGAAGUGUAAGAAGUCUCCUGCUUCAAGGCCUGUGGAAUGGGGGAUCGGAGGGGCAUAUGAAGGUGUCAAUCACGAGUCUCAGUCAUAUCCUGAGCUUAUACAUCCCACUGUGCAUGAGCUUUGUAAAAUCCUAAAUUUUCCGGAGGAUGUCAAGAACAAAGUGGAUGGAUUUCUUGAUUUUCUUCUCAACAAUUAUAAUGUCAGUAGGGAAGAUACUUCUACUCUACAAGCCUUCAUGAUAUCACUGGAUUUCUUAAAGCAAAUAGAGACAGAAGAGAAACAUGUUGAAAUAAAAGAUUUGAAAUCACCACCUCAAGCUAUCUGCACAGAUUCAAAGUCAACCAAGCAGAAAAUAUCAUCUAAAAGUCAACAGAAUCAAAAUGUUGAAGUAUCGGUUGCAGAAAAUUUGGAAUCGACUGAAAAGCUAAGUGAAGCAAUGGAGGAGUUUAAUAGGGAAUGGGAUAACAGAAGGGCAUAUUUGGAAAAUGAGUACAGAGUGGAUAAAGAUAUUAUUCAUCAUUUGUAUAAGAACCCUUCAAUAAUAUUAGAGAAAUUAAGAUUAUUAGACAAAGAAUUUGCAAAAAAAAUUGAAGAACAUGGAAGAGAUAAAGAUAUUCACCUCAAGGAGCUCAAGUCAACACUCAUUGCUGCUGAUGUGGAUGCUGACGAUGAAGAAACUCCUCAUCCUUUGAAAGAUGUUAUUCUUGUUUCUUAUGAGAUUAAUAACAAAAAGGAUCCUAGGGCAAUACAAAGAAUCAAACAGAAGAUGUUGGAACUGUACGAACAAAACAAAGUGGCGCCAGCUCAGACAAGUGAAGUGGUUGACGGGAGUACAAGUGGCGGGGUGAAUCAAAAGGGGUUGCAGCCACGAGAGCUGUUGGAUAUUUUUUGA